AUGGCUAUUAUCACGCCGCCCUCGGAUUCGUAUGAUGAGCCUCGUACUAUGACACUUGCUUAUUUCAGCAAUGAAUUCCCUCCAGAUGACUUGGAAGACCUUGCACGUCGACUCUACAACCAGAGCAAAGACAAGAAGCAUCACAUCCUAGCAAGGCUUUUGGAAGAGACUACAUCGGCACUCCGCAGUGAAAUCAACCAGCUCUCCACCGAGAUAAAGUCGCAUUUUCCUCCGUUUGAGUCGAUUCUGAACCUUGUCGCUUUCCCCAAGCUACGCAAAGGACGUCUCUCUGGCUCCAUAGACGGCGUUCUUCUUGUUGUUAUAGAGCUAGCAGCUUUCGUCGGACAUCAUGAGGCUUCAUCUACAGACUUUGACUUUGAUCCCAUUAGCACGAGCCUUGCUGGUAUAAGUAUUGGUCUCCUAGCUGCAGCCACGGUUUCGUUGUCUCGAAAGCUUGAUGAUAUUCCAAUUGCUGCGGCUCAAGUGGUUCGCGCCGCAUUUCGUUUAGGUAUUUUGGUGGAAGAAGUAUCUGCAAAUCUUCAACCCCGUAACCUGGCGGAUACGGACGAACUCGAGUCUUGGGCGUUCGUGCUACCUGAUUUGAAUCCUGCAGAAGCACAGACGGAACUUGAUAGAUUUCAUCUUGAUGAGAGAACUCCUAAAGCAAGUCAGAUAUUCAUCAGCGCUACCAGCAAGACGUCAAUUACUAUAAGUGGACCUCCUGCUAGAUUGAAGCAUAUACUUCUCGUUUCAGAUUACUUCAGGGAUCGUAAAUUUGUCCCUUUACCUGUUUAUACAGGUCUUUGCCAUGCAGGUCAUAUAUAUAGGUAUGAGCAUGUCCGUACCAUUGUCCAAACUGUGUCCGAGAGCUUCCUUUCGUCACGACCUAUACCGCGCAUUCCCAUCUUCUCUACAAGUACGGGCAAGCAUUUUGUAUCUAAGACACCAGUCGAGCUUUUGGAGAACAUUGUUUGGGAGAUUCUCACUCAGCAAAUUCAAUGGGACAAUGUCGUCGACGAAGUAAUCGCAAGAGCACGGGACAUGCAAGCAAGCGAGUUCCGAGCCCUUAUAUUCCGCCAGACAUUACCAAUCAAUGAUGUUCUGACAAGUCUCAAUUCGGAGCUGAAACAGGUGGAAACUAAGACGACAGAUUUGGUUUCGUGGAUCACACAGACGCCGAUUGGAACUCUUGCUCCCAGUAGCACUUCAAAGAGUAAAAUAGCAAUUGUUGGCAUGUCAUGCAGACUUCCGGGUGGGGCAACAGAUACCGAAAAAUUCUGGGAACUUUUAGAAGCUGGACUUGAUGUGCAUAGACGCAUCCCUCCUGACAGGUUCGACGUUGACACACACUGGGACCCAGAUGGAAACCGUGUCAAUGCUAGUCAUACACAGUAUGGCUGCUUCAUUGAUGAACCGGGUCUUUUUGAUGCUCCAUUCUUCAAUAUGAGUCCUCGAGAGGCUCUCGAAACAGAUCCAAUGCAGAGACUGAUCUUAGUUACGGCCUAUGAAGCUCUGGAGCGAGCCGGCUAUGUUGCAAAUAGAACUCCUUCAACAAACCUCCAUCGCAUCGGCACAUUCUAUGGUCAAGCAAGUGAUGACUACCGAGAAGUUAAUACAGCCCAAAACAUCGGUACUUAUUUCAUUACAGGAGGAUGUCGGGCUUUUGGACCUGGUCGAAUCAAUUACUUCUUUAAGUUCUCCGGACCAAGUUUCAGUAUUGACACAGCCUGUUCAUCUAGCUUAGCAACAAUCCAUGCUGCAUGUGUAUCGCUCUGGAAUGGUGAAACAGACACUGUCGUUGCUGGCGGUACGAAUGUUCUGACCAACUCGGACGCAUUUACGGGACUUUCCAAGGGGCAUUUCCUCACGAAGACUCCCAAUGCCUGCAAAACAUGGGAUAGCGAGGCUGAUGGAUACUGCCGCGCUGAUGGGGUUGUCUCGGUCGUUUUAAAGCGGCUUGAGGACGCCGAGGCGGAUAACGACAAUAUACUUGGUGUUAUACUCGGAGCUGGCACAAAUCAUUCUGCAGACGCUAUUUCUAUCACUCAUCCGCAUGCAGGUGCCCAAUCGUUUCUAUCUCGUCAGGUUCUAAGCCAGGCAGGCGUUGACCCGCUCGACGUUAGUUUUGUCGAGAUGCAUGGGACGGGAACACAAGCAGGAGACACAAUUGAGAUUCAGUCAGUCAUUGAUGUUUACGCUCCGCUCAAGAGAAGACGUAGCUCGAGAAAUCCCUUGCAUAUAGGAGCUGUCAAAGCCAACGUUGGGCAUGGAGAGGCUGUCGCCGGAGCCACUGCGCUAUUGAAGGUACUCCUUUGUCUCGAAAAGGAAGCGUUGCCUCCUCAUGUGGGGAUAAAGCAUUCCUUAAACCCCGCAUUUCCAAAGGAUCUGGAUAAACGAAACCUGAAGAUACCGCUUGAAAAGACGCCUUGGCCACGUGUGUUGGGCAAAACACGAAUCGCUGCUGUCAACAACUUCAGUGCUGCAGGAGGCAAUUCCACGGUCCUUCUUGAAGAGGCCCCGAUAAAGAGGACUACAGGAUCUGAUCCACGGAACUUCCACAUUUUCAACGUAUCUGCCAAGAGCAAGAUCUCGCUCCGUGGUAAUUUAGAACGCCUCAUUGCCUACCUCGAGCGAAAUCCUGACAUCUCGCCGGCCGACUUGUCUUACUCUACAACAGCUCGACGCUCCCACCACAAUCACAGGAUAUCAGUUGCAUAUACUGGGGUUUCAGAGCUUAAAAAAAAGCUAUCCGUCCACCUUGAGUCCGUUGACUCUUUAAAACCCAUUCCAGCAACGGGUCCUCCUCAAGUAGCGUUUACAUUUACGGGCCAAGGCGCGUCUUACAAGUCCAGUAACCUUGAACUCUACCACGAUUCUCCAUUCUUCCGAUCUCAGAUCUUGCAACUCGACUCUUUGGCACAGCAGCAAGGAUUCCCGUCGUUCAUAUCUGUCAUCGAUGGUACUCAUAAUAAGGAUUACAAUCACUCACCAGUCGUCACACAGCUCGCGCUGGUCGCUACAGAGAUUGCGCUCGCCAGAUACUGGAUGUCGCUCGGUGUCAAACCCGAAGUUGUUGUUGGUCACAGUCUUGGGGAAUACGCUGCCUUGAACAUUGCAGGGGUGAUCUCUGCUAGCGAUGCGAUUUUUUUGGUUGGUUCAAGGGCUGCUUUACUUGAAAAGAAGUGCCAAAUCGGAAGUCAUAAAAUGCUUGCGGUUCGUGCCAAUCUUGAGCAGAUCAAGAACAGCGUUGGUAAUCAGCCGUAUGAGGUUGCUUGCAUCAACGGGCCAAAUGAGACUGUUCUCAGCGGAGAGGUCGAUCAUCUUGAUGUAGUGUCAAAGGUUAUCGAGAAAGCUGGCUACAAGACUUUCAGCCUUGAUGUAGCUUUUGCUUUUCAUUCCGCACAGACUGAUCCGAUUCUGGACGAGUUGGAAGCGCUUACCCAAAGUGCUGUUAUGUUUCAGGCUCCAAAUCUACCUGUCAUCUCGCCUCUGUUGGGCAAAGUUAUCUUUGACGAAAAGACUGUGAAUGCUAAAUAUAUAAGAAGGUCUACAAGAGAAGUUGUAAACUUCGUUGCCGCCUUGAAGCAGGCGCAAAGCAUCUCUACCAUUGAUGAAACAACAGUUUGGGUCGAGAUCGGGCCGCAUCCUGUGAGUAUCGGCUUCAUCAGGUCUACACUGUCAGCUAUCAAUGCUGCAGUACCAUCUUUGAGGAGAGAUGAGAGCAACUGGGCAACCAUUACAAAGUCAUUGACCGUUCUGCAUACAUCUGGAAUUGACAUCGGCUGGAACGAGUAUCACAGACCAUUUGAGCGUGCUCUUCGGCUUUUGGACUUGCCCACUUACAGUUGGAAUGAAAAGACUUACUGGAUACCGUAUAAUGGUGAUUGGGCUCUGACGAAGGGCAACACAUUCUACGAUGAUGAAAAGAAGAGUAGGCCUGCUGCCGUAGCCCCAUCGCGAAUCUCCGAGCUUAGAACAUCGUCGGUGCAGAACGUCGUCGAAGAGGAAUUCAACGGCACAAUGGGGAAAGUAGUGGUACGAUCAGAUUUGAUGCAACCAGAACUUUUCUCAGCCGCAAAUGGUCACCGUAUGAAUGGAUGUGGCGUGGUAACAUCGUCUAUCCACGCGGACAUUGCUUAUACACUUGGCAAGUAUUUGCAUAACAAGUUGAAACCGAAUGUCAAAAGCGUAGACAUUGACGUCGCGAACCUGGUGGUGACCAAGGGUUUGGUCGCUCAAAAAAAUACCAAAGCUCCACAAUUCAUUCAAAUCACCAUCGAAGCCAGCGACAUCGGUUCUGGUGUAGCUGUGCUCACUUGGCAGAACGUCCGCUCUGAUAAUACUUUAGAUGAGCCUUUCGCGACGGCGAAUCUGUACUACUCAAACGCAACGCAGUGGCUCAAGUCGUGGAUUCCUACAACGCAUCUAAUACAAGGUCGCAUCGAGAUGCUUGAAGAUCUGGCGGGUAGGGGCAUUGCGAAUCGUUUCACUCGCAACAUGGCUUACCGUCUAUUUGCGAACAAUCUUGUCGACUAUGCCGACAAGUAUCGAGGGAUGCAGAGUGUAGUGCUCUACCAACUUGAGGCGUUCGCUGAUGUCCUGCUCACCGCAGAGAAGAGUGGCACUUGGACGGUCCCCCCGCACUUCAUCGAUAGUGUGGCUCAUCUCGCCGGCUUUGUGAUGAAUGUCUCCGACGCUGUAGACACGUCUACAAACUUUUGCGUAACUCCUGGUUGGGAUUCUAUGCGCUUUGCAAGGCCUUUAGUUCCUGGAUCCAGAUACCGGUCAUACGUUAAGAUGAUCCCUACAGAGGAAGACGAGUCUGUCUACCUUGGAGAUGUUUACAUCCUGCAAGACGAUUCCAUUGUCGGUGUUGUGCGCGCGAUCAAAUUUCGUCGAUACCCCCGAAUUCUCCUGGAUCGAUUUUUUUCUGCUCCGGACGAGAACAUGCCGCAGAAGCACUCCUCAACGAAACUAACCACGCAGCAAGCUGCGCCGAAAGCGGUCCAUGCACAAGCAUUGGAGACUCCCGCCGUUGUGGCACGUUCAAACCAACCAGCCGCGGGACCCGCAAUUGGUCUGCCGACUGAGGUAGCCAACACGCAUCUGGCUCAAACUGCAUCGAUGAUCGAGCCGAAGACUUCGAAACUUGCAAAACCGUCGGCUGAAAUCGCUCACUCUGACUCCGAGAGUACUGCUGGCAAGGCUUUGAAGAUCAUCGCCGACGAAACAGGAAUCGAUGUUGCUGAGAUCACAGAAGACGCCUCGUUCUCCAAUCUUGGCGUUGACAGCCUGAUGAGUCUCGUGAUUGCCGAGAAGUUUCGCUCAUUACUCGGAGUGACGGUCUCAGGCUCGCUGUUUUUGGAGUAUCCAACUGUCGGAGAUCUUAAAGCAUGGUUAUUGGAAUACUACGACUGAGGCGAGCAUCGGUAGUAGUUGUUGCUGACUCAUACUUUUGCAGCUCUGCCGGUAUCUGCGAUGUGGUUUAGGGCUUAGAAUCUAGCCAAGAGUGCAUAUCCUGCCGCUGUUUCGGGGGCGAGCGCCGAGCCGACCAUGUUCUGUCCAAUUUCAGAUAAAACACAGCGGUUCCCGAAUUAGAGAUGAUCACCUCAUAGGCAAUCGGUAAUAACUUGGUGGAACCAGACUAGAGAUUUCCUUCAGUACGGGCGAAGUGAGAACAGCAG